GGGAGUGAUACGGGAGCGGCGAACGGAGAAGAGCUGGGUAAAGAAGUCCCAAAUUUGAAUAACGGUGCCGAUGUUCCUAUUGGAGGCAAACUGAAUGUGAACGGUUUGGUCGGGACGGUUGGUAUUCCCGGGGCGGGCACCGAAGUUUUAGAUUCGGAAGUAGAAGUGGCAAUGAAGGGAGACGACACAGGAGCAGUAGUUGUAUCUUCCUUGUUUGGGCCGUUUUCAUUGGAAAAUGGGACUUUUUUAGGCUGUGUAAUUCCUUCGUCGCCUUUUUUAGAUGAAUGA